AUGUCUGUUGUGGUUAAAACGUGUUCAAAAUGCCAAAGGUUGUAUCCUCAUUUCGUCCACGAUUGUAAUGUACAAGUAUGUAUCAUGUUAAGAGUACAGUAUACUAGAGAAAAAAAAAGUUACAAACGUCCAUCUGGUAGUGGCAGUACACCAUUGAAAGUAUGGGAGCAUUUUGAGGAACUCAAGUUUCUCGAGGACAUUGUAGCUGUUGAACCAACUACUUCUUCAAACUUGUCACUUGAAAUGGACAAAAGUAGUCCAACCAUUUCAAAUGCUUCGUCAUCAAGAAAAAGAAAAACGCAUGAUGUUAUUGGUGAAGCUAUAUUAAACGAAUUAAUAUCGUCUAGGCCUAAAACACCACCACCACCACCUACUACAACACCAUCAGUGACUAACACAUUUUGCACCUAUUUGAUGGAAACAAUGAAAGAUUUACCUAAUAAUUUAAAUAUUCAAUUGGAAGAGGAUAUAUUAGCAUUGGUGUUUGCUGCAAAAAAAAAGCACCGUUCAAAAGAUUAG